CCUGCUGACGCCACGUCUGGUGAAAAUGCACUAUUACAGCUCGCCUAGUCUAUCAGCUCCCCGCUUUCUAAUGUUAAACAGCUAGCUACAGUCGCUGUGGCUAGCGAAGUAAAUGAAAAAAAGCUCUCGUGUACUGUAGCUAGUUAGCUAGCUCAGGCCUUGGCUGUAAUACCGGCUAACGCAUAAUAAGAAAAGUAACGAAUAUUGUUUUUUUCCUGUAACGAUAAAAUGGCGGAAAAGCCAGAGGCUGGAGACAGCGAAGACGAGGUUGAAGAUGUGUACGAAGUGGAGAGGAUUAUUGACAUGCGAACGGAGGAGGGGGAGGUCCUGUACCGCGUUCGCUGGAAGAACUACUCAUCUGAUGAUGACACCUGGGAGCCUGAGGCCCACCUGGAGGAUUGUAGGGAGGUGCUGCUGGGCUACAAGAGGGCUCUGGCAGAGGCUAAGGUCACAAAAGACCAAGAUGCUAAGAAAGGCAUGAAGCUGCCCAUGAAGAGUGAUGUGUUCGAUGCUGACUCUGACAGCGACAGUGAUAAAGACAAGCCCACAGACCUUUAUGUCAAGAAGAAGAAAAAGAAGAAGCCCCAAGAAGAGGAUGAGGAGGCACAUCCCCUGAAGGAGAAGAGGAAAAAGAAGAAAGACAAGCGCAAAGAGGACUUCAGGCCUCGUCCAGCACCAGAGUCUGAUGAAGAGGAGCUUUCCCCUCCCCCAACCCCGGGCCGUGGAACCAAGAUGUCCGACUCCAAGAAGAGAUUUGUUGACUCCGAUGAAGAGGAAGAAGCCCCCGUGCCCUCCAAGAAGCACAGGAAGGACAAGGCUAAGGAUGGAGGGAAGCACGGGAAAAAAGAGAAUGUGGAGGAAGGGAAGAAGAAAAAGAAGAAAAAGAAGGAUAGAAGGGGUGAUCUGGAGUCCACUGAAGAUGAGGCCACUGCCCCACUGGAAGAGGAGCUUAGCGAGGGGCCAUCUGAGUCCCAGACAGAUGAUACCACCGCAACAGAAAAGUCUCGCGCUGACGACAAGCCCAAGAAUAAGAAGGGUAAGUCAGAACUGAAGCUGCAGGGCAUCAAGGACUUCCUUCAGGAUAAGAAAGGCAAGAAGCCGGAAACUUCAUCGCCAAUGCUCUCCGCAAGCGGCCUCGCAAAACUAAAGAGCCUCACUUCCUCCAAGAGCCAGGGCCGGGAUGAGCCCACACAAACCUCUGACUCCAGCGACACCCCUGCCCCGGCCCACGUCCACAAGAAGGCCAAGGGCAAGAGCCACGAGGCCACCCCUGCACCGCCUAAAAUCCCCUCUUCCUCAUCCUCGUCUUCCUCUUCCUCCUCUGGUGCAGGGGCCAGCACCAGCAAGACUGUGGAGGAGUCUAAAGUUGUAGUGGGCGGUGAUAAGGAGCAGGCCGCCUCCACUAACCUGUUUGAGAAGUUCCUGCUGAACUGCGAGGCCAAGGACCGCGUUCCCCGCAAACAGAUGGUACACCAGCCCACCCCCACAGAGAACACUAAACCACCAAAGCUCAUAGGGAAAAUUGAGAAAAGGACCAAGCUGACAAAGGAGUCACCUGCUCGGAAGCCAGAGCCAGACAAGACCAAACAUACAGACGCAUUUAGGCCCAGUCAGAGCCCCGCUGCUAUGGAGACUGGUGACAGGGCGGAGGCAGAGGAGGAACCUGCCCAGAAGUCAAAGUUCGGCGGAGAGGACCGGAGGGAGGAGGCUCAACGUUGGGAGAGGAGGACCCAAGAGGAUGACAGGAGGAGGAGGAGGAGGAGGGAGGACAGCGAGCCACGCCUCUUCAUCGUCUGUGACGACAAUCAAGACCCCCUGGAGAGCGCCGACAAGUCUGACAAAGGGCAAGCCUCUCUUAACCUUGGAAUGGACCUCAACUUGGACUGGAUGACACUGGAGGACUUUCAGAAACAUUUGAACGGAGAGGAUGAGAUUCUCUCUGCUCCACCUCUAUCUCCCAGUGAGCUGCGGGAUGCAGUGAAAAGCGGGGAUUACAUGUCUGUGAAACUUGCACUCAAUUCCAAAGAGGACUACAAUCUGGACCAGGAGGCAUGCACUGUUGAACAGAAGAGUUUAAGUGGCAAAGAGAAGAGUUUAAAUGAGCAAGAGGAUAUUUUAAAUGAGGAAAAGAAGACUUUACGUGAUGAAGAGAAUAGAUUAAGUAAUGAAGAGAAGCCUUUAUGUGCAGCAGGGAAUCCUCACCGCGAGGGGAAUCCUCACCGCGAGGGGAAUCCUCACCGCGAGGGGAAUCCUCACCGCGAAAGGAAUCCUCUAUGUAAAGAGAAUCAUUUACACAAGGAAGAGAAUCCUUCACAUGAGAAAAAUUCUCUACACAAUGAAGAGAAUACUUCAUGUGGCGAAGAGAAUACUUCAUGUGAUGUGGAGAAGACUUUAUGUGACAUGGAGAGAGCUUUAUGUGACAUAAAGGGUGCAAGUGCUGAAGAAUUCAGUUCAAGUGAUGACGAGAUUCACAAAAACAGUUCAGGUGAUGAGGUAGAAGGACAAAGACUGGAUUCAAACGUUCCAAGUGGGUCCGAUCCUCUUCCAUCUAAUGCAGAAAGCUCCUGCGACAAUAAUGAAUAUGAGCAGUAUCCUCCAAAAACAGCACAAGCUAAAAAACCUUGCCGCAAGAAAUUUGCACCACGGAAAGGUACACGGUCAAGCUUACGUUCCAGCACAAAAAUGACAGUCAGCGCAUGUAGUACGAUAGAAGAUGAGGAUGAGGAUGAUGAUGAUAAAAGAAAAUUGGACAAAAAGCACUUUUGCCUGUAUUGCAAUCAACCACACCACAAAAUUGCAAGACAUUUAGAAAGGAUGCAUGCAGAAGAAGCAGCUGUUGCUCAUGCGAUCAGCUUUCCAAAACUCUCCAAAAUCAGGGCUCUCUUGCUUGACCAACUCCGUAACAAAGGCAACUAUCAACACAACUUUGAAGUUCUUCAAAGUGGAGAUGGAAAAGUUGUGACAAAGAAAAUACCCUCUUACGAUGGUGCUUCUGUGCGUGACUACCUGCCCUGCCAACACUGCUUAGCUUUUUUCAACAAAAUAGAUUUAUGGAAGCAUGAGGGCUCAUGUAAUACCAGAAAAGGACAAGAUGAAACGAGGGGAGGAAAAAGAGUGCGGAUCCAUGCUGCGUCCUCUCAACUUGUUCCAUUGCCUGUCUACUCUACUGGAGGAUGUGAAGAAAUAAUACACAAUAUGAAUCAAGAUGACAUCUCAUGCCACAUCAAAAAUGAUCCCCUGAUAUGUAAAUAUGGCAAUGCACUAUCCGCAAAGCAUGGCCAUGCCAAGUCACAGUUUACUUACAUUGGUUCAAAAAUGAGGGAAUUGGCUAGAUUUGUACUUACAGUAAAUGAGAUGGACUGUGGUGUCCAAUACUUGCAUGAAGUAUGUGUACCAUCCAAAUUCAAAUUGGCCGUUCAUGCUGCCAGGAAAAUGAGUGGUCAUGACCCUGCCUCUGACAGAUACAAGACCCCAUCUCUUGCUUUAAAGAUUGGCUAUUCCUUGAAAAGAGCGACCGAAAUAGCUUUUGGGGAGAGUCGUAUGACAGAGGACCGCGAGGCAGAGGAACAAGCCAAAAGGUUCAUUGAACUUCUUGAAAACGAUUGGAAUAACAGUUUUUCUGGUCUAUCCCUCAGCACUGUCCCUCAGUGUGAUGAAGUUGAUGUGUCUUCACUAACUGAGGAUUUGAUCAAACUUCAGAAGUUUCUCAAGGUUACAGAGGACACAGCGAGGAAAGAAUUGCUGGAGAGCCCUACCAAUGCUGUCUGGAAAAAGCUCAAUGAAACUCUUCUUGCAGAAAUAGCUCUCUUCAACAGAAAAAGGACAGGAGAGGUUGCGAAAAUGCUGUUGGAAACGUACACAAACAGGAAGAAAGCUCCAGCUAGUGCAGACAUUUUCAAUAGCCUCUCAAGGCUGGAGCAGGAGCUUGGUGACGACAAAUUAACCAGGGUGGAAAUAGAAGGAAAAAAUGGUAGGAAAAUGCCAGUCCUACUAACGGAGAGGAUGAUUUCAUCUCUUGACAUCCUUAUUGCAAACAGAGACAAAGUUGGUGUGUCAAAGGACAACCCUUAUGUCUUCGCACGGAGCCUGGAUGCAGCAAGCUACGUCAGAGGGUUUGACUGUCUGAGGAAAUUUGCACAUGAGUGUGAUGCAAAGAAUCCUGAAAGUCUGAUCCAUGCGACAGUGAGGAAAGAGGUUGCUAUUCAUUGCCAAAUACUGAACUUGAAUGAAAGUGAAUUGGAUCAAGUUGCAAAGUUAUUGGGACAUGACACCCAGGUCCAUAAAGAGUACUACAGACUCUCUGAAAAUGCAGCACAUCUAGCAGAAAUCAGCAAAUUGCUGCUUGCAAUGGAUCAGGUUCCAGUUGUAAUUCCAGGGCCGUCUGAGGAAAGGGUUGUUUCUCCUACAUAUGGGACAUAUUCUGCGGGGACAGAUUCUGCGAGGACAUAUCCUACCGGGACACAUCCUACUGGGUCAGCAUAUCCGACAGAGACAUAUUCAGCAAAGUCAUAUACUGUGGGGGCACAGCCUUCAAGGUCAUAUCAUGCUGGGACAUAUCCUGAGAAGUCAUAUCCUUCAGAAUUACAUUCUGCAAUGUCAUAUUCUGAGGGGACAGAUUCUGCGAGGGCAUAUCCUAGUGUGACACAUCCUGCAGGGACCUAUCCAGCAAGUUCAUAUGUUGCAGGGACAUAUACUGCAGAGACACAUGAUGCAAGAUCAUAUCCUGCAAGUGCUUAUGACCUCUCAUCUCCUGCAAGAUCAUAUGCUUCGGGGACGAAUCCUGUCAGGUCAUAUCCUGAAGGGACAUAUCCUGCGGGGACACAUUUUGCGGGGACACAACUUGCGAGGUCAUAUCCUGCCGGAACAUAUCCUGCACAGACACUUCCUGCGCAAACACUCCCAGCGCAUACAGUUAUUACGCCAACACUUCAUGCCCAGACACUUCCUGCCCAGACAGCUCCAACACAGACGCUUCCUGUCGGGGCAGUUCCUGCAGGGACAGGUUCUGUGGGGACGGGUAAGGUGGGCACAGUGUGGAAACGGAGGCCGUGGAGUGAUGCUGCUAAGGCUGCGGUGAAGCGUCAGUUGGGACACUUUAUCUCAAUGAUGGAGGUUCCAGGUAAACGGGACUGUGAAGUAUGCCUCCACAAUGAACCAGCUCUACAAGACAGGACAUGGAGAGACAUCAAAAACUAUGUGCACAACACAGUAAAAUCUAUUAAAAGGAAGAAGGGCCUUACAAGAGUGGACCCCACCCAACAGACAAAGAAAGGACCGGCAAAGAAAGAAAAAGAAACGGAGGCAAAGAGUGCUAAGGAAGGAGUUGGUGGAACAAUGACAGUACCUUCACAGGAGAGACUAGAGGCAGGUCCUGUUGCUGUGGCAACACCAAGGAAACAGAAAAUAUGGGGUGAUGAGGCUCAGGCUGCGGUGAGGCGGCAGCUAGGAGACUUCACUAAACUGAUGAAGAUUCCAGGUAAAAAGGAAUGUGAUGCAUGUAUUGCAGCUGAACCAGCUCUACAAGGCAGGACAUGGAAAGAUGUAAAAAACUAUGUGCAUAACACAUUAAUGACGAUGUGCAGGAGGCAUAUUUCAGGCAAACAAAACAUGGAUCGUGAAAAACCAAGUCCAGUGACACAGAAACCAGGGUUGCAACAGAGUCCAGGGGUGCAUCAGAAACAAGGGGCGCUGUUGGGACAUCCAGAAGAUCCUCCUGUUUAUCUGUCCUUAUGAUUACCUUGAACUAGUUUGAAAACCUCCCAUGGUUCAAGGUAAGCUAAAGGAGAAGAGGAUAGCUUUUGAUUUAAUCUGACAAUCCUUGCUCACUUUGAUCUCACUUUGUGACGGAAAGCAAGAAUGAAGUAGCAUUUUAAGGAUAUAAUAUCAGUACCUACUUUAUUCUGCAAAUGUAUCCGUAGCAACUACAUAGUGAUAUAUUAUGCAUGAAAACUUGUUUCGCAGAUGUUGAAAUUCUCAACUACAAAAUUCCAUUGUCAUAAUGCAUUAUGUGGCGGCAAAACUCAAAGCCUUUUGGCAUAGGCUACACAUUUGCAACCUUGGAGAAAGGAGGCAAGGAAGGAUGGACUCAUACCGUUUUGUUUAUUUAAAAAAUCCAAUGGCCCUUUAUAAAUGCUGUCAAACUGAAUCUUCUGGGUCAGCAACGGCAACAAGGCCUCAUGGACGCACAUUCGGAAUCCAAACGCACCACAUGUUUCGAUUGAACCAUGUUGCAUAAAAAUGCCCAAGAUAACUGACUGAAAUACAGUAUAUGCUCCACAUGGAUAGAUAACAUGUACAGGCAUAAUUUAUUUUAAUUUUUUAACAACUUCGUUGAUUGUUGUGCAAACCUAUACAGUUAAACUGAUGACUUUAGCUUUUUGAUCACAUUACUAGUAUACUUUACUUUCACCAAAUGGAUCUGGAUCCAGAUGUACAAAAUGUUUUGUGUAUUCUUGCCUGUACCAUUGUAUAUGUAGCUAAUGUAUACCUGUAGGUUAGGUUUUGAGUAAAAACAACUGACCAGCAAACCUGGGAAUUUAGCAGGUUAUUCCUGGUAGAAGUGCGGUGUGAAUGGUUUUCAGGGCUCCAUCGGUAUGAGCUUCACAUUCUACAUAGUCACAUCACUCAAAACCUUAACAUUUUUGGUGUGGCUAAAAUCAUGAUAUGGUCAAACAGUAAAGUUCAUUAUCCUCAUUCCUGUAAUAUUAGAGUCUACACUCCUGCCCCUGUUUCGCUGGGGCCUGCUGAUGUGAUGAGUGAGCCACUCUCCUCUCCGGGAGAAUAACAUUUGUUCUGAUUGUAUAACAAUAAGGAGGUCUCUGCUUUCUGCAUAUUUAGAGUUGGCAAUCUAAUGUGUUUUGAGUUUCCACUUCCACGGGUGUUGAAUUAGCCCCAACUUUAUGUUGUAGAUUAAGGCAAAUUAAUCUUUAUUGAAAAUAUAAAAACAUUAAAAUAUAACAAUAUCCAUAUUGUUAACCCAAAAUUAAUGCCAGUCACGGGGUUAGGUUGUAUAUCUUGAAUCAUUCAUUCCUGAUUGGACAUGUUAGAUGAAACAACUUAUUUAUUGAAUAGCAUCUCGAGGUAGUCUAUUACAUUUCUUAAUAAAGAAUGACUGACUUUAUAAGAUGAUUACAAACAUUUUAUAUUGCAUGACGCUGCUUUUUUGGGGGGUUGAGACCAAAUCAUGGGCUGGUGCCAUCAACUGAAAAAGUUACGCACAGUUCAAACGCAAAAAACGUAUGGUGAGUCGAACUGAAUAGAAAUUAAAAGCAGGCUGGCACGGUUGAGAGCUUUUAUUGAUUUACCAAUUUGGUGUCAUACAACCGGUCUCAACACUGCAGACUUUCUUGUUGGGUUUGAGUCGAAUUCAGGCAUAACCGCGUUCUCUUCUGUGUUAAAGAAACCACACGGUUUAUUGCACUAAAAAGGCAAAGACGAUUCACAUCUGUGCAGUGCGGAAGUUAAUGUCUGAAACUGAAUAUGAUCGGUUUAAUGUGUCUCGGUUAACGUAGGCCAUAAUGUAUCUAAAGAUUUCAUAACUCACGUUUGCUAAGGAAUCACGAAACGUCCCCUCAUCCCUAAAAUAAACCAUGCGAUAUUACUGUGCAACGUAGACGUUUUAGUUUCUCCCGAGAUUGCAAAAUGAUUUUUAUGUUUGUGGUGCCCAUCAGUUAUGACUAUUACAACCUGUGUGUUGAUGUUGUUUUUACCGUCAGUUGCUGGUUUCAAAGAGCACCAAAAACUACACUAACCCAGUCAACGCGUCCACCUGUGAAUCCGAGGGCAUACUUCUGCUGUGGGUGUUGUAGCGAAGCAACCUUUAUUUGCAUGCAAUUAACAUAUAUUAAUAUACAUUACAAUUUGACUGAUUGUGGAAGAACUGCUCUUGCGCGCUGCAUGAAACAGGCGUGCUUCACCCGCGCGGAAAGAGCGGCAGAGGCUGCUGAACUAUCAUCAAAAGUCAGACGAGGCGCACUGCGUGGUUUCAGACGGCACUCUAUCCCUGCUUCCAAAGAGAAAGUGACAUAUUUUUUGUUCGGUGCUGUGUUUGAACAAGGGCUUAGUGGCCCAGGUGCCACCAGGGGAAAAUGCUGGUCUGGAGCCAUGGGUUUACAUACGAAGUGUGUUCCCAGCUAAGGGAGUAUGGUUUGAUGUUUGAGGCGCUUGAAAACCAAUCAUGUCAAGAAUAAUGUUUAUUUGGCUGUUCUAGAACUAUAAUCUUUAGAUGAAGAGACGGCUCCAUUUGAAAAUGGUUACUUAUUAUAAAUACAAGGCAUACAUACACUAUCCACAUUCAAUUGCUUUUGAAGCAUGGUUGAGUUUAUUAUCAUGGAUAUUGUACUUAUGUUAUUAACGUUAGCGAGCUAGCUAGCUAGUAUUCCUAGCUACCGGUAUGUAUCAGUAGUUGUUUUUUAUAUUCGUUUUUAAAUAUAUAUAUAUAUUUAUAAACAAUUUAGAUUUUAUCGUUCAUUUCAAUCUCGCUCGUUUUUGUGGAUAUUUGCUUCUAGAUGUAAUUCAUUUUCAUUACUAAGCCAGAUUCCCCCAGCUGCAUGACCCAGUGAGCCAUCUCAGUCCUGGCGAGUUGCUUUAUUCAAAAGGAGCUGUUGAUUAGGCUUGCCAGGUGGUCAGAGUUUGUGCUUUAGGACCAUUGAAAGGGCAAGGUCAGUGAACUUUUCAGAUCCUAUCAAAGGGCCCAUUAAUGGCUACAUCCCGAUUUUCCACCCUUCUCCCAAAGUGACUGGGAGUGUGCAAGUAAACUCUUUGAAAGAAGUGUGGAGAAUCUGUAAGCAGCAUGAGUGAUGGCUGAUGGGUUUGGCAAGGACUGGUGGACUUUUAUUGGCCAUCCCUUUACAUCGAAAGUUUAUAUGUGUGGAGGCUCUAACAUGAUUCCUAAACCGAAGCCUUGUUUAUUGUCACUAGUAACUUUACUGUAAUGUUCACUAAAAUUUGAUGACUUCCAAUCCAAUUUGAGGCAGUUUUUGGUUCUCCGAUCCACUCCUUUGACCCAAAAGUUACUAUUGAUAAGUAACUGAAAUCUGCUUUGCCAACUGGAAACAGUUCCUUUGUUCUGAGUGUGGAAUUGGUUUCAGAGAUUCGCACACAACCUAGGCUAUUCCUCUUGUACCUGUCUUUCCUACUAAAUAUGAUGUGGAUGAUUAGGCAUUAACUGUCCAUGUACUUGUUUAAUUGCUUCUUGUCAAAUGAUAAACAUUUAAACUUUUUAUAUUAAUGUUGCUAUUAUUCACUACGGUCUUAACCAUAUUGAUUCACAGCAGCCGUUUAAGUUCCUCAACACUAAUUUAGGCUGACUAACUUGUAUAGGGUUUGAUGGCUGUUGCUUCUCUGUAUUAUUUGAUCCACUUGCCUACUAGAUAAUGUUACUAUUGCAAGUAAACCUUUCUGUUGCUUCUAAUUGGAUCAAGGUUCAAGGAGGAAUAAUGUAAAUAAAUUAGUUCAUAGUUAUCAGUUCAUGUUAUAACUGCAUAAGGUCUGCCACAGUGUUAGGUGUUAACUGAGAAAAAAUCAGGGGUUUCAACCACACCCCACUAUUUACUGUCUAAAGACAUGGACAUCAUUGCUUAAAUUGUGUUUUUUUCACCAACAUGUAUUUGUUAUCAAGCUGCCUUUUGUUACCACCUGGUGCUCAUUGUGUGUACUGUAAGAUACUAUAUUUGCGCCGUUAAUAAAUUGUUACUUGACGUAAA